CAGAUCCUCUUACAGACAUGAAUCACCCUUUUCAUCUGCAUGGUUAUAGUUUCUGCGUAAUGUAUGCUGGUCAAUUUAUCAAUGCACGUAAUAAAGACGAUAUAACAGAUGAGGAUGUAGCCAGAGAAAUAAUUGCUCACAAGAAUCGGUUGCAAAGUGGUUAUUAUCAAAAUUGCGCUCCUAAAGAUACUAUGAUCGUGCCAAAUACUGGUUUUGUCAUCAUACGCUUUAAAGCAGAUAACCCAGGCUGGUGGUUCUUUCAUUGUCAUUUUUCAUGGCACACCGCAACUGGAAUGAAUGUUGUUUUACAUGUUGGUACAGAAUAUGAUCUCCCAGACAUACCACUACACUUUCCACAGUGUUACAAUUGGACACCACCUAUUAUCAUGAAUAAUUAUUACUGAUAAUUAUUAUGAUAAUUAUAAUUAUUAUAACAAUUAUAAUUAUG